UGCUAAGAAACUGCCCACUGCCAAAGCCGGGGGCCCGUUCCCUUUUUCGCAAUCGUGCACCGAUUGCCAUGUAGAAACCCUCCCGGCUAUGAUGAUUGCUCGGUAUUCAGAAAUGCUGUUACCAUGCCGGAUCGAGUCCAUCUGCUGGCCCCGGGACAAACAUUGGGCAAUUCCAAAUCGCCUGGCUGCAUGUACCUCUCCCAGCAUCUGGCGGGCUCACGCAUCUGGCGGGCAUGAACAACACCCCCCAACCAAGAGUAGGCCAUCAAAACGAGUCCUCUUGAAGUUAGCACACCGUUCAGCCACCAGCGAUCUUGCCCGUGUACUACAAAGCGGCCGGGCGGCGAUGAAACAACCGAGUCCUGCUCGGCGACAUUCGAGAUGCCUGAGGGUGGAGGCACAGGGGCAAACACCCCGCAAUCUCAACACCAGAGCCUGCACAGCAAAGAAGCAUGCUGUCACAGCAAUGAUUGUGGAAAAGGGCAGAAGAUUCCUUCAUCGUUACUCGUCCCUGGUGUUCAUAAUCUUUGGGGCCUGUCAGUUAGUGAAGCAUAGAUCUGUUUGGCACCCGGCUAGCAAAUGACCACCGCACACUUUCUCUGCGUACUUAAUAUAGUACACACACGGGCUAUCCCACGCCCAAAGCCACGUACCGUGAUCUCGUUGGCAUCUGGUGCAUAGAUACGGUACGAUGCAUCAUGUAACCAGUACCUAAACACUGUUGAGAGAUGUGUAGCAUUCAUAUGCUCCAUGGUCCCAUGAGCACUUGGCAUGGCACACACCAAGUGCGUGUAUCUAGACAUGAAGACCCAACAGUUCUGCAUUCAAUGUCAUACAUAGUCCACUGAUACGAAGAGGUUCUGGGGUCUGUCUCCUUUGAGUGAAAUCCAUCCUCUGCACUUGGGGGAUAGUCCACAGUCCGCGCAGCAAUCCAAGCUCACGUGUCGGACUGUUCGCCUUGUCCAACGCCCCAUGCAUGAGUCCAUUUCAAUCGCCUGAGCAGCACGCGGCAAUGGUGAUACCUCGUGGUACCUGCUAACGCCUGUGAAACUUGCGCCUUCAGUCUGGUCACGCUGUGUGAUAUGUUGCGAGAAACUGGGAACACUCUGACAGAAAUUGGUUGGGGCUCGCGGUCCACCCCUUUCCCCAAGUCGAAAUUGCGCAAACGCUGAUCAUGAGCUUGGCGAGAAGGGCUUCGUGCUGCUUUUCCCACUUUGACCCUCCUUUUCUUGCGUUGUGCUUGCGACGACUCUGACAGGGUGCCCCAUUGGUGAGCUCAAAAAGCAGGCCCUCUCCUACCCGACCUGGUAUAGCAAAUGCUGUAAACAUGUGGGUACCAGGUCCUCCAAGUUGGAAACCAACUACACCCACACACACACACGCAGUAAACUUCCAGUUUCUUGCACGGUCUACCCAGUAUGACGCACUGUGGGACCGUAAAGUCGCUGAGACGCUCGCGGUGGUAUUCCGGCAACCUCGUUGAUCCGACUGAUUCCACCUCGGUCGCCACGAUUGAACCGCAACAACGUACAUGCUCGUACCGGCCGGCCCUGUUGGAAAAUGGCCAACAGAGUCUCUUCAGGUACCACAUUGUCGGGUCAGUAUCAAGAGAUUUCCUAAGAUUGGUUGGGCGCCACCAGUAUGACUGCAUCAAGUACCGCCCGUACCAAGGAAAGGGUCGCAUUAUCGCCACCAACACCAACCCCACGACCUGGCCGCCGGUGGAGCGGCAGCCGUGCCGUGCUGCCUUCAGCUCUUCCUUUGGGGCGAAGGCUGUUUGCCCUGCCAUUGUUUGUUCGCAUUUGCCAUCUAUCUUCUAGAUGAAUGAUAAGAUUGUCAAUUGGGUUCGCGUUGCCCCCUGUGCGUACGAAUGAAUGCACAGGGCAAUAUUGAUGUAUGAUGCUUUCCAAGAGGUCAUUACACAGCACAGCAACGCCAGCAAAUUGCAUACGCCGUGCGCCUACAUACAUGAGCUGCGCAGGUACAGAGAGUAACGCUGAGAUGACACCAAAAUAUACUGUACACGGCACAUGGAGUAGCACAAGGAAUAUAUGCACAAAAGCCUCCCUCAACCGCCCGCAAGAGCGUGCCGUUCCUGGCUUGGACUACCUAUCGGGUCACAUACAGCUACCGUCUGUGUAUGCAAGAGACGACGUCUUCUCACAAAUCGAACCUGUACCUGCAUGAAAAAUGACGCCCUUGACUUUCUACCUGUCCAAUACCAUUGGUUUCCAUUUUGGCCUCCGCUCCGUAUUCUCAGCCCCAAGCUAAUGGCAAUUGCCACACAUUCAUUCGUCAAUUCCAUCAUCGAACAAAAUCCAAUCCCCCAAUCACACAUCGCCAUCUCUUUGGAAUGCAAUACAUUGCCAUUGGUUUUUUCAGCUCCUGCAGACGCAGUCUAGAAAAGCCAUUCCGAUAUUGCAUGCACAAAUGGGCCGGGGGUGGGGGUUAGUCCAUGGCAGAUGAUGGAAGACGAUAAUUGAUGAAGCCGCAUCCUCGGAAUCCAUUCGUGAAGCCAGCCCUGGUACCGAGUCCUACGCGCCGGUAUCACUGCCCAUCACUGCUCUCCGUUUUGUCAAUCGACACCUCCCGCUAGAUGGGUUGUUCCAUGCUCUCCGAACUACGUCACGCUAGAUAUAACCGCAACAUCCAAGCUGUAGAAAGGAUCAUGACGUAUACGAACGUACACAGCAUGUGCCUGUGUCCAGAUGCUACCCUCAACAACCGUGUAGAAUAGUGCACAGAUUGCUGCAUCUUGGUAAGACACCUUUAACCCUCUCCCCACAGCUGGCCCGAUCCAACGUGAUUGGACACGAUUGCAAACAAUCGAGGGACAGGAAACAAAAAGAAACAACAGUAACGGCAUCCGUUCGACACUCUGCAAUCUCAACAAGUCGGUGAGGAUUCUGGAUUCAUACACCGACAGUCUACACGUGGAAUAUGCGCGUGCCCUGUUACACCAACUACGUGCUAUGUAUUGCCUUCAGCGCUACGCGGCACCACUCAACAGUCCUCGAUACGCCCAUAGCACUUGUACCUUGUGUACUCACAGCAUGGAGUCGUGGCAGUCACACAAAAGGAAUAUACUCGAAGCCGGCGACACUGCAAGUGUUGUCACGCAGCGCGGAUGUCUCAUCCUCUGGUAGGACGC